AUGACCAUGGCUGAGGAUUCAGGAGAAUUUACAAAUCAUCCCAAAAAUAGUGCGCAAGGAAAGACAGUUAAAGAUUCCUGCAGGGAAAGAUCAGGACGCAAAAUGGAAUGGCUCAUAAAAGAAGCAGAAGCAAUCAAGCCAAAGGGUCACGUUCUGUUCCAUGAUUAUGCCACUGGUGAUCUUGCUCAGGAAAGGUUCGCUUGCAAGGAUCAAAUGAUUAGCGAGAACUUUUAUGUCAGGGGUGAUGGCAUUGUCACUUCCUGCGAUCUCAAUCCAGGCAGUACUGAAGUUGACUUCCCCAGUCAAGAAAAUACUGAAUCCAACAUGUCAUUGGAUGCUUCAAAGGAGCCUGUUGAGCAUAUUGAGGUUGAUAUAUCUGAAGGGGUUGCAGCUGAGAUGUUUGUAAUUUCAUCUUCUGCUGAAAGGAGGUUUCUUGCACAGCUUGCAAACCCUCUUCCUGAUGGUUAUAAGAGUCCAUGUUUCUCGGCCAUUAUCAUUCAUGGCUUUCGAUAUUUACGGCUCUGCGAACUGGUGAUCAUGCUGGGUUCACGUAUGAACGGGCCGUUAUGAUUG